ACAAACUACAUAGACUUAUAUGAUGUUCCGUUCAUUAAUCAUUACAUGUCGCAAAAUGAAAUUUAUUCAACAAUAUUUUCAAAUAUUUCCAUGAAUUCCAUUGUACGAAUUAAACAGCUCGCCGAGGAUCUUAUUUUAUAAGAAAAUACAUUGACUAGUAAUCGAAAUGAUGGUAAGAUUGUGUAGUAGACGAGUCUAUUAUAGAGUUAGGAAUUUCCAAUUAAAACUACUUCAAUUCUUUAUUUGUUUCAUGUGUGGAUUUUUCAUAUUACAACUGAAAGGUUUACAGUACUCGCUAUAUUUUGAAAAACGGAGAUCAUUUUGGAAUAAUACUGACAAAAUCUUAUCUGAUAUUCAAGAAACGGGAAGAUCUAACAUCAUGCCAUUGAACUCAUUUUUACUGGAUAAAGUAUUUAGGAAAGAUCCGAUGGAAGUGUUUGAAGCAUUUGAAUCCAUUCAAUUAUUGUUUGUUGUGAAAUCCCACAUACUUAAUUUUGGUAAACGAGAAGCUAUUCGUCAGACGUGGGGACAUGUGAAAAACCUUCGAAUAAAAACUGUCUUUGUCGUUGGUCAAUCACAUAAUAUGGACAAUUUUCUCGAUUGGGAAUCAAAACGGUACAAGGAUGUGAUUCAACUAAACAUAGAAGAUAAAUAUGAAAAUUUAGUUUAUAAAACUGUGUAUGCAUUUCUUUCCUUAUCGAAGCUUAAUAUCAGAACCGAAUAUGUACACUGUGUAGAUGAUGAUCGCUUAGUAAACGCAAUAAAUGUGUAUGAUAUAGCCAAACAAAACAUUGCCCAAUCAGAUACGGUAAUGUUGGGUUUUAUGGUAAACUUAUCCCGACCAGACAGAUCUAUGACUUCAAAAAAUUAUAUUUCGUUAGAGGAUUAUCCUUUCCUAUACUUCCCAUCUUAUAUUAUAGGAGGAACCAUAUUAACAAAUAUGAAAACGAUACACAUGCUUUCAAUAGGAAUACGACAUGUACGGUUAAUCCAAAUAGAAGAUGUUUACAUUGGGAUGGUGGCAACAGCUUUCCAGAUAGAAAUGCGCCACCAUACAGGGUUUUUUCCAUAUAAAAAACCCAUUGAAAUGUUUAGCGGUAUUUUAUCAUCCCCUGGGUAUGAUCUCGCAUAUGCAUUAUUAAGAGACUGGGAACUUAUUCAUCAAUAUGAAAAUAUCGAAGCUAGACGUUAACUCUUACAACCUUCCAAUUUAACCAUCCUUUUCAUGUUAUUAAAUAUCUGUGAGAAAAAAGCUAUGUUCGCAUUCCAUUGAAAAAAAAAAGUAAAAGUAAAAUCCGUCACCUUGUUGAUAUUUUUGCUAUAGAUACUCAAGAUUCUAUAAUAAUUUUCUACAAUUUACAACAAAAGAAAUAAUUGUUUGUCUCCUAUUGUUAAUUGUACUUAAUUCAAAUGUGAUGUUCUUUUGGUUACUUCUAACGGUGAGUUUUUAUCGCCAUUUCGUUGAGACUCUUACAUUUUCAUAGUUUUCAAAGACUGAAUAAAAAAUAAUUAAAUAUCAAUUCUAUCCAAUUUUCAUAAACUCUGCAAAAAUACUACCAGCUUAAAAUACAUGUACUCUGCUCUAUCACCGAGGUAAACAUUGUACAACAUGCAUUCAAUUAAAUGCAAAAAUUCAUUUUCAUUAUAUAAUUAUAUACAUGCACAAUUCCUAUAGUGCUACACUAGGGUAACUAGUAUAGCAUUACAUGCAUUACACCUGGUACAUAUCCUUAUAUCACGCUGAAAAGAUUGUUAUAGAAUAACACUGUUUGAUUUAGAAAAGAUGGAAGUAUAAUGAUGAUUCAAAUUGACUAUUGAAAGUCGAAAGUAACUUAUUUUUACAUGCAGUACAUUUAUUGCGAUACUUUGCAUUUUUUUUGCGGCAAAAGAUAACCAUGAAAAUAAGUCAGUUUAUUUUCUUAUCAAUUAAAUACCCUUUAGCAUUUGCAAUAAUUAGCAAAAUGGCUGAUACAGAGUUACGCUUUUCAUAAUUUAUAGCACAACAGUGUAAUAGCGUUAAACUUUCACAGGACCUUCUUUGUUCCAAUCGAUUUUUUGCUAAUUGUAUUCGUAUAUAAAUUAUAAAGAAAAAUCUGUAGACUAUCAAAAACAAAAUCUUGAUAAUGUAAAUACCCGCCGAUGUUCACGAUUUUCCCCAUUUUUUGUUUUAUUUACUGGUGUAUAUUUAUUUAGCAUAAUUCAUAUGUAAAAUUAAAAUAAAAUUUGUGUUCGCUGUUUUUUACAACUUCGCUUUUACUUUCGCGAAUUACUGGUAUGCUCAAUCAUUUUAACAAAUUCAAUUACUAGUAAUUAAUUUGAGUACUAGUAAUUGAUUUUCCUUUCUUGUAAUUUAAAAUAUUUUUGAACUGUGGAGGCAUUAAUGCUGCUCGGGGUAGGGGGUUAUGAUACUGCUGGUCCAGGAUUGCAUAUUGUAUUGCUGCUGUUGCAAAAUAUGUCUACUCAGUCAUGUUGUUGAUUGCAUUAUUCUUUGAUUUGAUGUUCAUUUUUGGUUUGGAUCAGCAUGGACCAUACCCUUUUCAAUAGGAAGCAGCCAAGAGCAACUCAAAAAAUGAUAGCAGCAGCCUGAAGCAGUUCAAGAAAAAAAUAUUUGGCGCAUUCCUGUGCAUUUCGAAAAAAUAACAAAAAAUGGAGCAGGUUGAAAUUGGCUAGAAAACAGAAAAAUUCGGAUUAACGUGGAUUUUACAUAGACAACCCGUCAGAGAUACAGUUAAAAGAAAAUCAAAUAAUGUUUUCACAGAAAGUAGCAUUUCCAAUGAAUGGUUAUACGAUACUGAACUUGAAAAAUAAAAAUGAAAACAAAAAAAGAAUAUAAGAUCGACUGAGAGAUUUGAACAUAAAGACGUUUUUGCUUACUUAGAAAAGAUGGCAAAAGAAAUUGGGAAUCAUCAUACCUUUUAACACGUAUAUUGUUUGGGCAGCUAAGAGCUUUGGUGAUCACACCUUGGUGGAACAGCCGUAGCAGUAAAAACGAGCAUCGAGCAGCAGCAGCAAUAUGCCAUCAAAGAGGACACAGAAAAACUUCACGUUCGAGCCGUAGCAGCAGCAAAAAACCGGGGCAAAACUGCUCAAGAGAAUACACCUUUUUAUUACUGCAACUGAUAUAUAUAUUAUUAAGAACAGUAAUUACAAAAAUAAAAAGCCAAGAUCUCACGACAAAGGAAAUGAUAGAAUAGCAAAAACAGUCUUAUCAUCAUCAAAACCGGGACAUUGUGACCUAUCGUAGAAAGAUACACAAACUGGUCAUACAAAUUCUGAAAUAUCUACAAUUUUUGUAAUAGCAUGUGAACAUUUAAAAUUGAGGUGAGAAAGCAUUCAAAUUUGGUACACAUUUUGAAAGUUGAAAAGUGAUCGAAAGAUGAACUUUCUGCAUAUUUGUAUCACACAAAUGGUGUGCAAGUUACUUGCAUAUGGCAAAACAUUUGUCAAAAUACAAACUAUCUGCACAUAGUUGGCCUACGAUUGGUAAUUACAUUGACCUAUGUUUAGUGAAAAAUUAGAUAUGGUCAAAUCAUCAUGCAAUCGAAAAUCAAACCUACCAUGACUUUACAUAUUAUGAGGCCAAAUGGUUAUCAACGAUGAAUAUUUAUUGCAACAAAGAUGAACAACAAACAAAUAUUACCGUGUUGGGUUUAAGUUUAAUUCAAAUACAUGUAUACGUUAUUUUAAUGUGAUUAUGCCUUACGGUUAGACUAGGAACAUUAACCAAUUUGCGAUCGCCUUAGAUGACUUAUCGAUCUAGUGCAAUCUUUAUCAUUUGUGGAUCAGGAACUACUGAUCCUUCAUAAACACUUGAGUUUAUAUCGGUUUUGGUGGGAUUGGGAUUGCACCAUCCUGUUUCUGUAUAGUAAAUUUUGGACGUUUUUCUGUUGGCAAUAGUGUUUCUGUUUUCUUUACCUUACAGUAUUUGUUUCCGAUUUGGUUUCUCGUUGUUUUCCUUUUUUUACGUCACAUAAACUGAAGUCAGAGUUUACCUGUCUUUAGCAGAUAAUCUCUCAGUAGAUAACAACACUGUGCAGUGAAAUCUUAAAAGGAGUAAAGCCAGUAACCCCAAUAAACUGUCCUGUAUAGGUGUAUAUUUUCAACUACAAUUGUUUUAGUAUAUUUAAUUUGUAUGUUUUGCUAAGUGUAUUAUUUUUGAAAGUAUAAUACACUAAAUCAUAUAUCUGCUUGAUAUAUCAUAAAUAUAUUAGCCUGAAAUAGGAAAUAAUUUCAAUUUAUUCCAUUUUUCAAGAACAUUGUCAGCUUUUCUACCUUAUUUAAUAAUGUCAUAUGUGGAGCCACACCUUGCUCAUUAAAAUUCUGGUUGAAAAGUAAAGAAUAUGGUAUAUAAAAAAAAUAUUUCACCAAAAACAUUUUUUGGCGAGGGGUGUCACUGUUUAUUUGUCAGAAAACUGUCAUUCCUUUUGCCAAAUGAUGCCAAAAUCAGGUUUAACAAAAUUCACCCACACGAAUGACGUCACAAGUACAUAACUUAUGAUGUAAUUGGUUAAAACCUUCUUCAACUAUAAUAUUGAGAUAUUUUAUAAAACGUUUUCAUCAAAUUUUUACAUAACCACAGUUAAUAUUUUUUCAUGAUAUUCAGGGCCAAAAUUAUCAGUUAAUGAAUCAACGCAUUUUUGAAUAUCAUAAUAUACCAUAAUAUGACUUUUUGUAAACUUCUCAAUCCAUAUUAAGAAUUCAGUUUGCUAUAAAAACCCAAGGGUAUGGAUAAAAUAUUUUUAAGAAUGUUAAACGAAAACAUUUAUCCAAUCAACGUAAUGGGAAAAGGUAAUAUGUCUGCCUACAAUCUUAUGUCUAAACAAGAAUGUUCAGUAAACAGAAAAUUGGAAUCUAUUUCUUUCCAAUUAAACAAUUAUAUUUUACAAUAAGGUUAAUCGGUGGACUGAAAAUAAUUUUAGCCAUUGUAGAUCUCAUGUUUUUACUUCUAUUAGCAAACUUAAAUAGAAGAGCAAUUCAUUUGCAUUACUUUUCGUUUAUAGGAAACAGGUAUAUCAUGAAUAUUGACAUGUUGAUUCGUUAAUAAAUAAAUAUAGAUAAUGAU